AUGUCGAAGAGGGAAGCAAGUCAUCUUGCCGCCGCGGGCGUCGACAUCGACGCUCCACGCGCCAAGCGGCGGAAGGAGGCCACCGCUCCAGGAGAAGAACAUACAACAUCAGCCGACAAGACAGCCAACGGUAAAAGCGAUGCGACGGCAGCUGGGGCAGUGAAGGAGGACCCAGAGGCAGUGAAGGAGAAGGGAACGAGGUUGUGGCAGGUCGUGAAGGACGCGGUGAACAAGGAAGGCCGUACUCUCUCUGUCGACUUCUUGCGUCUACCUUCCAAGCGACAAUAUCCAGACUAUUACCUCCAGAUCAAGCGUCCAAUAGCUCUCGAUGAUAUCAAAUCGCAGCUUGAUGCAGGGGCAUACACAUCCUUGGAAGAUAUCAAGCAGGAUUUUGAGACCUGUUUUCGCAACGCGAAACGGUACAACAUCAGGGAGAGUCAGAUAUGGAAGGAUGCAAAGCAUCUUCAUAAAUUGGCCACCAAAGAAUACGCCAAGAUGACGGGUACCACAGAAGAUGCUGCAGAAGAUGGUGAAGACGGCCCUGGUAGUGGUGGUGGUGGUGGAGGUUUUGAAGAUGAAGGCGGAAAGAAGAAGAAGGUCCCUAAUAUGAAUAGACUGCUGAAAACACGACUGCAGAAGUUGGUAGAGAAGACCGAUGAUGAUGGCCGAGUUCUUUCGGUGGAAUUCUUGGAGCUUCCCAACAGGAAGCAAUGGCCGAUAUAUUACAAGAUGAUCAAACGACCCCAGUGCAUUGAAGCCAUUUUCAAACACCUUAAGCGUAAGGAGUACCACACUGCCACGGACUUUGCCAAUGACGUCGAGCUUGUCUUCUCCAACGCUUUGGAAUUCAACCAAGAGCACACGCCAAUAUGGGAGGAUGCAGUGGUACUUCGAAACACCUUCCGCCAGCUAAUGUCGGAUUUACCAGCACCGUUCUUGAUUCCAGCUUACGCACCUGGUGCAGAAGUGCAUCCAAAGAUUAGGCUGAAGAUGCCCGCGGCUAGUUCGAGCACAUCGGUACCUACAGCGCAGACAGCCACUGCGCCGACUCCAAUAGCUGCUUCGUCUUCCACAGGAGUUCUGCGCCUCCAUCCGCAUCAUGCACCUCCAACUAAAGGGCUUGCUGAAGCCGCCGGAUCUCCGACUAUCCCUCCGAAGGUAUCGACUCCGUUGGCAUCUGCAGCCUCUCCGCCCAAUCAGCCUAUGUCCUCAGCCCCCGCACAUGCUCCGUUACAUGUCAAGCCUAAGGUCCCAGCACCGUCUCUUGGUGCCGGGACACUACAGCCAGCUACCUUCAGCCAGCCCUCACCCUACCCCUCCGCAUAUUCGACACACUACCCCAACGCGACAUACCAUCAGCCUAGUGCACCUUCUCUUAGUGCAGUUGCGUCGACUUCAUCCGUUCCGAGCACUACAGCUGUUACCCCAGCGCUCGCGGCGACGUCGCAGCCCGUUGCGCCUUCUAUACCUCAGAACAACCGCCAGCUGAAGUGCGUGUGCCUGACCACUAAACCGCUGGGGCGGCGGUUCGACCUCGAUUAUGCCGAGGGCGUGAAGACCUGGGCUGUACGUCUCGGAUUCAGAGAGACAGCGGUGUAUGUCUCCGGCGUGAGGCUGUUGCCCCGUGGAGAGGAAGAGGAGGAGAGCAGCGACGAUGAGCGAAAGGAUGUGGAAAUGGAGGAAGAAGAGGAGGAAGAGGAAGAGCCGAAGGUCAAGCGCGGUAGAGGCCGCCCACGGAAGAAGGCUCCCAAGACAGACACUACGCCUCCGAAGGUCGCCGACACUGCCAAGAGCAAGGCGAAAGGAAAGGCGCCUGCGAAGCCAGCUCGUCCACACGAGGAGUGUGAGGUACGGUUGGGCGGGCUUCCGGUGAGUGAAAUAGCAGAACAGAAGGACGAGUGGGACGUCGACCUCACUGUCGGCUCGAACGUGCUAGAGGUAGGGGUGAAGGGUGGGAUGGUGUGGAAGGUGUACUUGGAGAGAGUGAUCUGA